AUGGAUGAUGAUACCAAGUUCCUCCUUUUGUUUCUCCUCUUGAAUAGCUCAACAUUAUGUUUUAGUAUAGAACAAGAUAUCCAGUGCCUGAAGUCUAUGCAACAAUCAGUGACUGAUCCCAACGGUGUACUCAAAUCCUCUUGGAACUUUGAAAAUAACACCGUUGCUUUCAUAUGCCGGUUUACUGGUGUGGAAUGCUGGCACCCUGACGAGGACAGAGUUCUCUCUCUACGUCUCGGGAACCUAGGACUUGAAGGCCCAUUUCCUCGUGGCCUUCAAUAUUGUACGAGCAUGAUGAACCUGGACCUGUCAAAUGACAAUUUUGAAGGACCAAUCCCUGCCAACAUUUCACGGGAGGUGCCGUAUCUGACAUAUCUUGAUCUUUCGUACAAUAGCUUUUCGGGUUCAAUCCCACAGAAUAUCUCAAAUAUGACAUAUCUGAAUGUCCUCUCCCUCCAGCAUAACCAAUUCAGAGGUGAAAUUCUACGGCAAUUCAAUCUUCUUACUCUGUUAUCUGAAUUCAAUGUCGCGGAGAACUUGUUAUCAGGGCCUAUUCCUUCUUUGCUAGCAGUAAGGUUUUCGGCUUCGAACUUUGCUGGUAACCAAGGGCUUUGUGAUUCACCCUUGGAUGAUUGUCCUCCAUCGAGGAGGAGAUGGAGACCGGUACGAAUUAGGCUGUACAGGCUCAACGACCAGUCGAGCAUCGGAGCGGCCGUCGGAUUUGUCGUGGGGUUCAUGGUGGCCUUCUACUUCCCGCACUGCUUCGUCUGCUCCGAGAGGAUCCGAGCCUACAUCGUCCACAUAUGA